AUGGCAACACUUGUUGCACCAACCCCUGCAGUAACAGAGGUCUCCAUUGAAGCUACAGGAGAACUGGCCCCGAGUAUAGUGAACAACAAACAUCAUCGCCAAGAUGAUAUCGACUGGGAGAAAGAAGCAGCUGUUGACCUUAUAGCAGCAGUUACGAAAGUUGCGGCACAUGCCCCAUGGAUGCAUGAAGCGGACAAGUUCCUCCGACCAGUUGUUGCAGCAAGACUUGAAGCUGAAAAGGACCCUGACUACCAAAAGCCGAACGAUAUGCUAGAAUGGAUUAUCGAUUCCCAGACUAGGUUCGGUCAGAGGGACCAUAAAGAGCUCGCACGAUAUCAGCUUGCAAUUGGCUUUGCUGCCAUCCACAGUACUACGCUCGCAACUACCAAUAUAAUCUACACGCUGGCAGCAUAUCCUGAGCUAAUUCCAGUUCUUCGUGAAGACAUUCAGAAAGCGUUAGCCGAGAGCAAUGGUUCCUUCACAAACACUUCGAUGCAAAAGAUAACAAAGUUUGAUAGCUUUCUCAAAGAAACUAUGAGAUGUUAUAAUAUUUUGAAUUAUGCUUCGUUUCAAAGAAAGGUACUCAAACCAUUCACUCUUUCCAAUGGUCAGACAAUUCCAGCCGGGUCGGUGAUUGAGACGCCUCUCAUCGGUAUCAACAAUGACGAGGAAUACUUCCCGGAGCCAGAAAAGUUUGAUCCUUGGCGAUUUUACAAGCUGGCUGGAGCAAAGGUAAAACCGGGCUCAAAACAGGCCGAUACGGUCUCCAAUGCACAAUUUGUGAGCGCGGGGCCAACAAGCCAGCUCUGGGGUUAUGGGCGCCGUGCUUGCCCAGGCCGCUUUUUCGCCGUCCACGAGAUCAAGAUCAUUAUCGGCACAUUAAUCUUGAAAUAUGAUAUUAUGAAUGUGGGAGGUAGCAAGGAAAGAAUCAAAAACUUGGAAAUUGGAUCAGUGACAUCUCCUGACCCUACUGCGAAAAUCCUUCUGAAGAAGCUGUAA